AAUCUUGUUGCUCAGUUUGCUGUUGUUGGUGGUGGAAAACGUAGAUAUCGAUGAACAAUCUUAUUAAGGAAACGUUCUUCUUGUUCUGUUGUGUUACAUCCGACACGGGAAUUUCCAAGCAACUCGACCAAGACAAUUUGAUUGGUUGGAUCAAAGCAACCACCCUCAUCAUGUGCAUCCUACCCACAUUUGACGUCGUCAGCGGCUGCAGCAUAUCCUGGAGACUGGCCAACUUUGUCAACCCACAUCAUAGCACUUCCAAAGAAAGAUGUGGUCUUCACAGCAGAUAUGUUCUUUUUUGUUGUGAUAGAGGGCCGCAGGAAUCACCAUUCACAUCCGUGCCAAAUCGAAAGCUUAAAUCCAUGGCGGGACUCGUGAUAGGAGGAUGGUUCGCGUCUAUCUUCUUUGCCAGAUUGGCCGAUCAGGUCGGCUCCUACAUCGGAAAGCAGCUCAAGUAUCAGAAGGGUGCGAAGAACAAGCUGAACAAGCUGGAAGUCAAUCUCAGAAAGAUACAUGCCGUGAUCCAUGCAACCGAUCUCGGUCGCCACCAGAAAGAACACUUGGAAGCCUGGUUGUGUGAGCUCAAGGAUGCCGCUUUCGAAGCAGAGGACGUGCUGGAUGGCUUCGAGUACCAGAUCCUCAGGGACACAGCAAAGGGCAAGGACAAGGUGCACACCAACUUCUCAUCCGCUUCUGCUAGUUUUGCCCAGUCGACUAGUGUCUUUUUUAAGCGUCUAUUUUUCCGUGAUGAGGAUCUAAAUGAACUGGACAAGGUUAUCGACAGAUUCGAUAAGAUUGUGGCAACGAUUGGGAACUUCCUGUUACCGUCAGAUUUAGGUGCUCAGAACCAGAAGCAUGGGGUUUUAUGUGCCGAUGCGCAAAGCGAUGUGCCGGAGUGGAGGGAGACGACCUCCAUCAUGAACGAAUCGGAAGUUUUGGGCCGAGAACACGAGAUCAACAGUCUCGUACGCUUGUUGCUGAUGCCUGACGUAUCAUCGAGGUCCAACAACGAGAGGUUCUCUGUGGUGUCGAUAGUUGGGAUCGGAGGGGUGGGAAAGACCACCGUUGCACAAUGUGUCUACAAUGAUAGCCGGAUCGAUGAUCAUUUUGAUGUGAAAUUAUGGGUGUGCGUCUCAGAAAAAUUCGAUGUGAGAAGGCUCACAAGAAAGAUGUUGGAGUCCGUUUGCCGAGACAGUCGCCACCAUCUCACAAAUCUGGAUACACUCCAAGAAAUUCUCAAGGAUAAGCUAAAGGAUAAGCAGUUCUUAAUUGUCCUGGACGAUGUGUGGAACGAGGUGAGAAGUAGAUGGGAGACCCUCCGGAAACCAUUUCAUUUUGGAAAGGAGGGUAGCAGAGUUUUAGUUACCUCGAGGAUUCCAAUGGUAGCAAAUAAUAUGGGCACCAGGGCACCGGUAAUCCUUAAGGGCUUAAAUGGUGCUGACUACAGGAAAUUCUUCGAACGAUGUGCAUUCGGUGAUGCCAACCCCGACGAUCAUCCGAAAUUGAAGUUGAUUGGAGAGCGGAUAGCCAACAAGCUUGUUGGUUCACCCUUAGCAGCAAAGACCGUGGGGGGGGCAUUGAAGUCCAAGUUAGAGGAAGAACACUGGAGGAGUAUCAUGGAGAGCAAACUGUGGCAAAUGCAACAAAAAGAGGAUGACAUCUUCCCAGCAUUGAGGUUGAGUUAUGAGCACUUGCCUACUUCCGGCCUGAAACAAUGCUUUGUCUACUUUUCUUUGUUUCCCAAGAAUUACUGCUUCGAGAAAGACAGACUGGUGCGUAUGUGGAUGGCACAAGGUUUUCUCCAACCUGGUGAACGAGGGAGGAGACCGGAGGACGUAGGCGAGGACUACUUUGAUGAGUUACUGCAUCGGUCCUUCUUUCAGGACUCAUUGAACGGUCAGUCUGGCAAUUACGUGGUUCAUGAUUUGCUGCAUCAGCUUGCCGAAUCUUUAUCUGCACAUGAGUACUGUAGAGUUGAAGACGAUGAAUCAGAGGAAAUUCCAGAUAAGGUACGUCAUGUCUAUGUUAGUUCAAGCAAUCUGGCUAAGCUUUAUGAGACCGCACCCAAGCUGAAAAAUUUGCGCAGCCUAGUAGUGAAUGGUAGUUUACUGGAUACGGUUGCCAAGUCCAAGCUCAUGGAUUUCAUUGAAGUCACACUGAAACUACUAAAACGCCUUCGAGUCAUUGUAUUCGAUGGGCUAGCGCUGGAUGUAUUGCCGGAGAGCAUUGGUCACAUGAGACAUCUCCGGUACCUAGAAGUUCCAGGUGGCCAGUUCAUAGAUUUGCCCAAGUGGAUCUGCAGGCUUUACCAGCUACAAGGGUUGAGUCUCCAGUUUCGUUCACCGCUGCAUCUGGGCAGGCCUUUACCGAGAGGGAUGCACAGAUUAGUCAACAUGCGUUAUCUGAAUAUAAAUCCAGAAAAGGUUUCCACUAUCGUCGAGAUUGGCAAGUUGAGAUCCCUCCAAGAACUACGAGAGUUUCAUGUAAGGAAGAAAAAUGGAUACGAGCUAGGACAGUUGAGGGACAUGAGGCAGCUGCGAGGACAAUUAAGCAUUAUGAAUCUGGAUAUGGCGGGAAGUUUAAACGACUGCAGGGCAGCCGAGUUAGACAAUAAAGAGCACCUUAGUGCAUUGCAUUUGUACUGGGGACAAUUAGGAAGAAAAGAUAACGACAAGCAUGAGGAGGUACUGGAAGCCCUUCGGCCACAUCACAAUCUCACUGAGUUGAGAAUCAUAGGCUACAUGGGGACCGAGUCUCCAAGUUGGCUGGAGACGUCGUGGUUGUCCAAUCUGGAACAUAUUGAAUUGGAGGAUUGCCAGGGCUGGGAAGUCUUGCCACCGCUUGGGCAGCUGCCGUUCCUCAAAAUCCUGCAUCUCAAGUCUCUCAAGUUAGUAAAGCAUAUUUGCUCUGGAUUCUAUGGAGGGCAUAGCAUAGCGUUCCCCUUGCUGGAAGAGCUGCUGUUCAGUGAUAUGGGUGAAUGGAGGCAGUGGUCAGGUGUAAAGGCAAGCUCUCAGUUAUUCCCUCGCCUCCGUAGGCUGCAGAUUGACCGCUGCCACAAGUUAAGGGGAUCACUUGUUUUGCCUACCGUGCUUGAAAGACUUCAUGUUGUGCUAUCUGAUGAUGUUACCUGGGAAUCAUACAAAAAGCCUCAUGUCGUGCUAUCCGAUGAUGUUAUCUGGGAGAGUAGUGAAACCAAUGAUAUCUCUGCAAUUCUGAAACUUAGCAUAGAUAAUAUCUCACUUCUCACUAAUUGCCUUCCAGCUGAAUGCCUUCCCUCACUCCAGAGACUGGAUGUUGUUUACUGCAGCUCCCUUGAAUCCUUUACCGAUGAACAAGAGAAGUGGCUCCAGAGGCUCUCCUCCCUUGAAGAACUAAGAUUCAGCGACUGCGACAAUCUAACCAGACUGCCAACAGAUCUGAAUAGCCUUGUAUUGCUGAAGACACUGCACAUCGAGGGGUGCCCAAAAAUUGACUCGCGGCCUGAGAAGGGCAUUUAGACAUUGCGGGAUAUCGUCAGAAGAUGAGCAACUGGUUGCAAGCCUUGGGGGUUAACCCUGCUUCAUGCUCCGCAUGUUGCAAGCCUAAAUUUUGGGCACUACCAUCUUCUGCAUUUGAUGAGAUUGUCUAUUCCCAAUAUGAUCAAACCGUAUCACUUCGAACGAGAGAAGUGGCUCCAGAGGCUCUCCUCCCUUGAAGAACUAAGAUUCAGCGACUGCGACAAUCAAACCAGACUGCCAACCGAUCUGAAUAGCCUUGUAUUGCUGAAGACACUGCACAUCGAGGGGUGCCCAAAAAUUGACUCGCGGCCUGAGAAGGGCAUUUAGACAUUGCGGGAUAUCGUCAGAAGAUGAGCAACUGGUUGCAAGCCUUGGGGGUUAACCCUGCUUCAUGCUCCGCAUGUUGCAAGCCUAAAUUUUGGGCACUACCAUCUUCUGCAUUUGAUGAGAUUGUCUAUUCCCAAUAUGAUCAGACCGUAUCACUUCGACAAAGGAUGAUCGGAAAAGAUUCUUCAAGAGUCUCGGGUGCAAGAAGCACAUGAUGAAUACCACCAAAACCUAUGACUACAAAGUGAAUUAAGUGUAUCCAGGAGGGACAAAGUAUGGGAAGCAUGCUGAACAGAACAGAGUAAUUUCAGAUUUUUGUUAUGUUUGGUGAUAUCAUUCUUGAAAGCCCGAGAUAUUGACAUGUAAGGAUCAAGCAAAAUCAUUCAGACAACCAAUGCUGUUUUUUUCAUGAAAUCAAUAAGUGAAAACCAAAUUUCAUAUAA